CUCCCAUCAUACAUUGCGGGACAGGAAGUUUUCUGUGCUUUUGGCGCGGUCUUGAUAGCGGUGUCGGCCAUCUUGGCAUCACAUCACUGUUUCAGGCAACUCUGAGACAUUGCAUGAGCACGGUACUCAUUGAUUGACAUCGUAUCGUUAGUUAAAAAGAAAAACUGUUUUUGCGACCUCAUUUAACGAAGCCAAUAGAUACGAUUGCUUUAUAUUGCUCAGUUAGUGGUGAAGCACAGUAAGGAUUGAACCGCUAUGGCUACUGCAACCCCAAGCCGUGAAGCUGGCCGGUCGGCGGCCUCUACACCUCUCUCCCCGACCCGGAUCUCUCGCUUACAAGAAAAACAAGAUUUACAGCACCUGAACGACAGGCUGGCUGUUUAUAUAGAUCGUGUCCGGUCACUGGAACUGGAGAACGACCGGCUGAUGGUCAAAGUGUCUGAGAAGGAGGAGGUGACUACUAGAGAGGUGACAGGGCUGAAGGCUCUGUAUGAGGCUGAGUUAGCUGAUGCCCGACGGGUUUUGGAUGAAACUGCCAAAGAGAGAGCCAGGCUUCAGAUAGACUUAGGCAAGGCUCAGGCUGAGCUGGAAGAAGCCACACGCAGUGCCAAGAAGAAGGACAGUGAUCUUGCCGCUGCGGUGUCCAGGGCCAGUGGUUUGGAAGGCCAGCUGAAUAAGAGUGAAGCAGCUCUUUCUACGGCUCAAAGCCAGAAUGCUGCUCUGACGUCUGAGCUUGCUGAUGUCAAGUGCCUGCUGGCUAAGGCAGAGGACAGCCAUGCUGUUGCUAAGCGCCAGCUGGAGGCAGAGACACUGAUGCGUGUAGACUUGGAGAACCGUUGUCAAUCACUGAGUGAAGAGCUGGAGUUCAGGAAGAGCAUGUUUGAAGAGGAGGUGCGCGAGUCUCGGCGUCGACAGGAGCAGAGAAUAGUGGAGGUGGACUCAGGAGUCAGACAGGACUAUGAGUUCAAACUGGCACAAGCACUACAGGAUCUAAGGCGGCAACAUGAUGAGCAAGUCUCUCUUUAUAAGGAAGAACUGGAGCACACCUUCCUGGCCAAGUUGGAUAAUGCCAAGGUGUCUUCAGAGAUUAAUGAUAAGGCAAUGAGCACAGCCAGGGAGGAACUGCAGGAAUCCCGUGUGAGAAUAGAGAGCCUUGGAUAUCAGCUGAAUGCCCUGCAGAAACAGGUGGCUGCCUCAGAGGAUCGCAUCAGAGAGUUGGAGGAAGUUCUGUCGGCAGAGCGAGACAAGCACCGCCGUGCCAUCGAAGGAAAAGAACUAGAGAUGAACGAGCUCAGAGACAGGAUGAACGCUCAGCUCAGUGAAUACCAGGAGCUGCUGGAUGUGAAGCUCGCCUUAGAUAUGGAGAUCAAUGCAUACAGGAAACUGCUGGAGGGAGAGGAGCACAGACUGAAGUUGUCCCCCAGCCCAUCUCAUCGAGUCACAGUUUCCAGGACAACAGGAUCUUCCUCCUCCCGCUCCUCCAAGAGGAAGAGAGUGGAGAUGGAGGCUAAGGAUGUGCCAGAGGUAGAAAGCGGAGAGGGGCAGCUGCUGGUGUCUGAAGAAGCCACAGCUAGUGGAGCAGUCACCAUAAUGCCCACUGACAUGGAUGGAAACGCAGUCACACUGACCAAUGAUUCUGAGCAGGACCAGCCUUUAGGCAAUUGGAGGUUGAAGAGACAGGUUGACAAUGGGGACGAGGUCAUCUACAAGUUCUCCCCAAAGUUCGUCCUCAAGGCAGAACAGUCUGUUACG